AUGAGUAUCGAUGAGAUUAUCAAACUCUUGGGCCAUGUUCCGCCGCCCCAAGCUGGUCAUCAUACUGAGGAAAUGCUCAAGGAAAUCAACAAGGUCUACCACGAGAUGUACGCACCUGGGCUUGGUUCUUUCUUCGAAUCGACGUGGUACUUUUUUACGGAGAAUGGAAAGAUGUCACUUCCUCAAAACCCUCGCUUGGUGGACCUACUAGGACACUUUCUCAAAACCCUGGAGGCUGUCCGGGUCAACGAUCAUUCGCAAAUGGCUUAUUCGGGCAUUCUUGAGACGCGCCUAGUAUGGGAGCUUGCACAAUCAGUCUACGAAAUCCCCACCAACACUCCUGUUGUCGCUCAUGCGGGUCUGCCAGCUGAAAACGAUGCCAAGGAGGCCAAAAACCGCGUUCGAGUUGUUGACGCACUGCUUUGUGGAGAAUAUCUGGACCAUAACCCUCUUUGUUCACCUCAGCAUGAUCCCGGCAAUCCUCGCGCACGACAAUUCGAUUUCUGGUACAGCCUGGCUGAGUUUGUACGAAAGCGUGACGAUCCUACUGGCCAGCCUGCAGUCAAGAUGAGGGAGGAGAUGCUUGCGAGAAUGCGCUACCUGCUCGAUGGUCGCGAGAACCGCGAUGUCCUCUACUCUAUUGCUGUUGUUCGGGAACUUUCACCCCACUUCGAUUCUACGUAUAGCAACAACGCUUCCCAGCACGUUGACGAGACUGACCCCAAGAAUAAGCUUGCAGUUGCAUCCAAGUUUAUCUACGACGAGUCACAAGUGUCAGGAGGUACAACAAACGUGGUUCGCCGGUUCUGCGACAUCGCACAUAGAGCAUUCGUCAAUCCAGGUGUCAAUAUCGCUCGGAGAAGCUAA